ACAGGAUAAAAUGGACAAUGUAACACAGAAACCUCUUGUUCAAGAUUUUCCAUUUGAUCACAGUAAUGAAGAUAAAGAUGAGGCUCUGGAGGAGCCAGAGGAAGAACAGCCAUCAAUGAGGAUUCAGCUAUCAGCUGACUCUGACACUGGUGAAGAGGAAAGCAUUUUUAAAAAAGAACAGGUUGCAGUUUGUGUGUCAGUUGAAGCUGAUCUGCUCAUCAACACCUCUGGACUAUUAACUAUUGAUCAGCCUUUGUGUGAAAAGCCAAAGGACUUGACAGAGCAGAGUAGCUCAAAUGUACAGACUGAACAGACAAACCUGUCACGUACUGUUACAACUCUGCCAUCUUCAGAAACUUUCUCAGCAGUGUCACUGAGUGAUGGGAAUGAAACAUCAUCAGAGUUUGUGAGUAGUUUGUGUUUGGACAAGUGCAGUGAAGACUCUUUUAUAUCUUCGCAACAACAAGUCGAUAAAGCUGAAGAGGUCAAAGAGGUCAAGAAAGCAGACAUUUUGGAACAUGUUUCUGAAGAUUGUUUCCCUCUCCAUGACAUGCUCUCCUCUGAAGAGCUGCAACCUUCAAAACUACCACGGCAGAUGAAUGUAGAACCCGACAUAGUAGCUAGCACAAAGAAACCCACACCGAUACGCCCUCCUCCACCAGGUUCAAGUGUCCCUCCUCCACGGCCACCACCACCUGCACGGCCUGCUCCCCCUCCUCGAAAGAAGAAAAGUGAAACUGCCUUGGAUGUGCACAGUUCUUUAGGCCUAGAAGAGUAA